UACAAUCCAGCUGGCCACGACUUUUGUGGCGGUCUGAACAGCUGUCUAGUAUUACAGGGGAAAAGUGUAUUAUUCAAGCUUCCAUCCCGGCAGCCCAUCAAGGGGUCUUUAGCCUAAGGCACGCUUAGCCAGUUGGAUUUCCACCUGUCACAAGAGGCUACUUAACUGAGAAACCAAGGGCUGUGAGAACAGAAAAUGAAAAUGGACAUGCUGCUUGAAAUCAUGUUUUGCCGUGCUUAGACAAACCCAUGGGAAACCUCUGUCACAUGCUUGAAUUCCUUUGCUUUGGAGAAAUGUGUGUGUGUGUGCGUGUAUCUUGCCAUCAAUUUAGUUCAUAAAGACACUGUUCUUCUGCUUCUGUCUGUGUGAUUAUUUUGUGUGUGAGUUUGUAUAUUAGAAUACACCCAAAUGCAGUGUACUAGCUGCAACUAAAGAGAGGCAAAACCCGACUCAUACUGGAGCAAGACUGUUUUGGCCAGUGACUUAUCAUAUGUCUAUUUAUACAAAUAGACAUAUUUGUAUACUGUAAUAUAAUUGUUUUGACACUUUUUAUACAAAUACAGAUUUGUAUUAAAAGUAUUUGUAUAAAAAGUGUCAAAGCCAUGUGCACAUUAAUGCACAUGUAAAAGUAGUUGACACUUACUCUUAGCAAAGUAAGGCACUGAUUUCUUAUAAACAACUUAACGGAUUAAAAGUAAUAUUACCGGUAAUUUUGGAGUAACUUUACAAGGAAUGGUUUACCUAUAACUCUUUUAUUUUCCUGGAUAAUAAUUCGUUUUAAUUUUAAGGGUUAUGACUAAUGUUUAUGAGUAAGGUUGAAUCCUUACUUCUAUAAAAUUAUUUUUUUUAAAGAAACAUUCAAAGGACAUUUGGUUUUUUUAAAUGAUAUUCUGCUGUUAACAUUUUUACAUUAGUAAUAAUUGAACACUAACGAAAAACAGUAAUGAUGGUUAAGUCACAAAAUGAUCAAUGAUAGUUACAUUGAAACUUACAAUUUAACACGUAAUGGAGAAUGCAUUACAGUGUUUUUGAGUGAUAUUCCAAGCUCUGUUUAUUGAGCAAAGACGACAUGCACUUUCAGUGCCCUUUCCAUUUUUCCAGCACUGUGAUUAACAGGUAUAUGUGCUAAACACAGGUAUUUGUAUCAGAAGCGUAUUGUUUUCUGAGUAAACAUCCAAGAAGUGCAUACAAAUGUGCACAGUGAAUUGGGUCGAGUCUGUGAAUAUACGAGGAGUAAUAGAACUCAGCUGUGUCUGUGUGCGUGUGUCUGUCUCUGUGUGUGUGUUCCCCUUCCAUCCAUGGAGAAAUCCAAAGCUGACCUCGAAUCUACAGUAACCCCUGAAGGCGAAUCCAAUCAAGAUCUGCUGCCUGAUGAUUCUGCUGCUCGACCAGCCUGGGGCUCCAAAGCCCAGUAUAUCCUGGCUCAGGUUGGCUUCUCUGUAGGACUUGGCAACGUCUGGCGGUUCCCCUAUCUCUGCCAUCAAAAUGGGGGAGGAGCUUUCCUACUGCUGUACCUGCUGCUCCUUUUCAUCAUUGGGAUCCCCCUCUUCUUCCUGGAGUUGGCAGCUGGUCAAAUUAUUCGACAGGGCAGCAUUGGAGUCUGGAAGUACAUCAGUCCUCGGCUGGCAGGCAUUGGCUUUGCAAGCUGUGUGGUGUGUUCCUUUGUUGCCUUGUAUUACAAUGUUAUCAUUGCAUGGAGUAUUUUCUACUUGGCAAAUUCCUUCCAGUUUCCCUUGCCCUGGAAUAAUUGUCCAGAAAUAAACAACCAAACUGUCCCAGAAACAGAAUGCACAGACAGUUCUGCCACUGUUUACUUCUGGUACCGAAAGGCCUUGCAUGUGACAAACUCCAUUGAAGACAGUGGGGGCCUCAAUCCAGCUCUUGUAGGCUGCCUCUUUGCUGCUUGGACUCUUGUGGGUCUUGCUAUGAUCAAAGGCAUCAAAUCCUCUGGCAAGGUUUUGUAUUUCAGCUCUCUCUUCCCUUAUAUAGUUCUCUUGUGCUUCCUGGUACGGGCAUUGCUGCUAGAAGGGGCCAUCGAUGGGAUCCUGAUCAUGUUUACACCCAAGCUGUCCAUCUGGGGAGAUAUGCAGGUCUGGCGCCAGGCAGCCACCCAGGUGUUCUUUGCCCUGGGCCUGGGUUUUGGCACCAUCAUUGCCUAUUCCAGCUACAACCCACGUCACAACAACUGCCACGUCGAUGGGCUGCUCGUGGCCAUGGUCAAUUUCUUUACCUCCGUGCUUGCCACGCUGGUGGUGUUUGCUGUACUGGGCUUCCGUGCCAACAUCAUCGCACAGAACUGUGUCCAGAGGAAUAUUGACAUUCUCUCGCAACUAGUAUUAAACGGCUCCUUCCCUGGUGGGCUUCCUGAGAACUUCUCCAACUCCUCUGUUUCUCAGUACAGCACCUGGUACCAGGGGCUCCAGAAUGACACCACGAAGCAACUGCAGAAGUGGAAUAUCGGCGACUGCCGUGUCGAGGAUGAGAUGAACGAGCGCGUAGAAGGUACAGGGCUGGCCUUCAUCACGUUCACAGAGGCCAUGACCCUCUUUCCAACUGCUCCGUUCUGGUCUGUGUUGUUCUUUUUCAUGCUAUUGAAUUUGGGGCUGAGCACCAUGCUGGGAAACAUGCAAGGAAUCAUUACUCCCUUGCUGGACAACUUCCAGAGCCUUCGGCGUCGGCGGACCCUCUUCACAGUGUUGUGUUGUGUUGUUGGAUUCCUGCUGGGCCUGGGUUUCGUUCAGCGCUCGGGCAACUAUUUUGUGGCCAUGUUUGAUGACUAUUCAGCCACGCUGCCCCUCCUUAUUGUUGUGGCUUUUGAAGCUUUCGCUGUGGCUUGGAUCUAUGGAGCUGACAGGUUCUUAAGUGACAUAGAAACCAUGCUGGGCUGGCGCCCUUGGAAGAUCUACAGCUACAUGUGGCGCUUCGUUAGUCUGGCAUCAAUGUUGUGUCUGCUUUUAGCAAGUUUGAUACACAUGGUUUUGAAGCAUCCCACCUACCAAGCCUGGAACAGAGAAAAGGCAGAAGAGCAGAAGCUGCAAUAUCCACCAUGGGCCUUGGGUCUUCUCAUAAGCCUUAUCGUUGUGGCUGCUCUUCCCAUCCCGGUCAUGUUCUUUCGGCAGUUGUUGAUAGAGUGGUCUGCCAAGGGCAGUGGCAGUCGCCCUGGCCUAGUGAUGACCCCUGUAUCCACAGAAGAGGAGGAAGAGGAGGGAGACAAGGAAGGGAACCCAGCAGAUCCUGAUCACCACAACAAUGGAUAUUUGCUGGUCCAGACGGAAGACAAACUGGAUGAAUGACAACUUCCAGCUGGAAUGUGCUGUGUAGCUAAAAUGGCUUCCAACUCCUGGAUCAUCCUGAUUGGCUGGUGUAUUUUUCUCCACUAUAGUGGGUGUUUCUAUAGUGGGUGGAAGGCUUUCCUAGAACCAUAGGAAGUGUUGACGUAUAGCAUCGAACCAUUCAUCCUUUUCAGCCAGUAUUAUCAACUCUGAUUGGCAGCAGUCUUCUCUGGUUUUGGGGCAGGAUUCUUUCUUGGCCCUACCUGGAGAUCCUUGGUAUUACCUGCUAGCCUCCCAUCCAAGUUCUAACCAGGCUCAACUCUGUUCUGUAGAUGGAAUCAGACAUGAUUGGGUGUGUUUUGAGGCAAUACGGUGGCUACCUUUCAGCUGACGUGACUUGUGCCAGGGCACCCGUUGUUCUUCAGCCUCAUUUGCUUCCAGAUGAGUUGCUCUUGCUGCCAGUGAAUAAUUUCUCCAUAUGAACUCAAAACAGAUUUGCCGUUGAUUUCCCCCCAAAAUAUGAGAUACUAUUUGUGGGCUUUGUUUUGUUUUUGUAUGUUUUUCCCAUUUGUUCUGUCCACACUAGUUUGACUAUGGAUGGAUAUGAUCCAAUUCACCUGAGUGGCCAUUAGAACAUGGACUAGGCACUUAUUUGUUUAAACAUAACUGAAUAACUAAAAUGAAAUAUAAAAUAUGUUUUUAACAUUUAGUAGGUUUUUUAAUCAGAAGUAUAGACUGAAAAUAUUUUAACCAGAAAGAAGAUAUCUAAAUUCAUAAAAUCAGAGCAACUGGAAGAUUUUUUUUCUCCUUUGUUUUUAAAUAAUAGCUGUUACAGUGUCAUAAUAACACUCCUACACUGAAGCAGUAUUUGACUGAUAUAUUUAAAAAUAUAGCUGGAAAAUCCUGUCAAUACUGUCUGAAUUUUUGAUUUUAAAAAUUAAUGGAGUGGUAAAAUGGUGCUCACCGUAAAGAUUAUAGAAGAUGCUUGCUGAACUCUGAUAGGUUUACUCUAGCCAAUACCUCACUGCCUGUGUCAAAACUGUGUUUCUCUAAAAGAUAGAAAAGUUUCACUAAGCACAUCUUUAGCUAUGCAUUUCUUUCCCAUCCUUUUCAAAAAGCAGGACUUCGUGUGAUUAAAAAAAGAAGCUAGAAGCAGUAAUUGGACAAAACAGUAGGAUUACAGAUGGAUAGGACCCUCACAAAAUGUGAGUGAAUGAGGGCAUUGUGGUCAAUAUUAAAUCUGUAGCACAUAAUCAACUCUACUGAAGACUCUGGACAAGGAUUUGAAUUGUUUUUUUUUUAAGGAACUUGAUAUUUUUUAAAGCGCUGAUUGAAACAAUCCAGAUGUCUUGGAUAUUGGGACACCUUCCUAAAUAAAUAAGGAGUUUAUACUAUCACUAUGGAAUCCUCAUUUUUAUUUAUAAAAUGAUGCCUUUGUACUUCUUCCAUCAAAAUAAUGGAACAAGAGCCGUGUGAUUUGGAACCGGAACUUACGUGAUCAUGGAGGAUUAUCCUUGGAAAAUUGUUGAGAUUGGAGAAGGCUAGGAUCAUGUGAGAUCUUGUGAACCUGGACUUCUGACAGAAAGCGUUCUGACUCUGCUUAACAUUAAUCACUCCUUGCAUUCAUAUUCCUCCUCCUGUUGUUUCUCCACUGUCUGUUUUUUAAUUGUAAGCUUCUUGAGAUUAAGGACCGAUCUGUUUUGCUGAUGAAUCUGUAAAGGCACCACAUAGCUGAUGGCACCGUCUUAAUAGCUGGUGGUGAUGUCAUGACCUGGAGAUUGUCCAGAACGUCCCUCCAUUUCUCCUGCUGCACCCUUGUGCCAGAAGAGGCACAUCCAGCCACACCAUUGCUUGUUACCUGCUGGAAACUAAAACCAGUAUCUUCAAGAACAUACAGUCGUGUUAAGCAAGCCUUUUGACUGAAUUCACAGACUGGUCUGGGAGACAGCAUUUCGGAAAACCUGCACCUUUUGACUUGUUUGCUUACAAGUAUAACUCUUUGCCUUUAUGAGGAAUAAAGCGGGCAACUCUGCCUUGGAAUUCUUGU